AGAAAAGCAGCCCAUCGUCUUCAAAAGGAGGACUGGAAAUGGCCACAAGAGACGGGUCGGGCCUGAGGCUGCCCCGGGCAGCUGAGCCAGGUGUGGAGGAGGAGCCACGUCUGCCCGCGGGCCGGGAGCUGACUGAGGCCAACCGCUUCACCUACGCCGCCCUCUGCGGCAUCUCCUUGUCCGAGCUCUUUCCAGAGCCCGAGCAAAGGUCCUUCUGCACGGACUUUGUGGCUGGCCUGGUGAAGUGGCUGGACCUGUCUGAAGCCGUCUUGCCUACCAUGACUGCUUUUGCCAGUGGUCUGGGGGGCGAAGGAGCAGACAUGUUUGCUCAGGUGUUGUUGAAGGACCCCGUCUUGAAGGAUGACCCCCUGGUGAUCACUCAGGACCUUCUGAGCUUCUCACUCAAGGAUGGAUGCUACGAUGCUCGGGCCCGCGUCCUCAUCUGCCACAUGGCCUCCCUCCUCCGAGCACCCUUGGAGGAGCUGGACCUCCUGGAAGAGACCUUCCUCGAGAGCCUGAAGGAAACCAGAGAGGAGGACUCUGAGACAGCCGAGGCAUCCCGGAAGAAGAAGGAGAACAGGAGGAAGUGGAAGCGCUACCUGCUGAUAGGCCUGGCGACCGUAGGAGGCGGGACGGUGAUUGGCGUCACUGGGGGCCUGGCCGCUCCUCUCGUCGCAGCUGGGGCCGCCACCGUCAUCGGCAGCGCCGGGGCCGCGGCUCUGGGCUCAGCAGCCGGCAUCGCCAUCAUGACCUCUUUGUUCGGUGCAGCUGGAGCCGGCCUGACAGGAUACAAGAUGAAGAAGCGUGUUGGGGCCAUUGAAGAGUUCGCGUUUCUGCCCCUGACGGAAGGCAGGCAGCUGCACAUCACCAUCGCCAUCACGGGAUGGCUGGCAUCCGGAAAAUACCGCACCUUCAGCGCCCCCUGGGCUGCCCUGGCCCGCAGCCGCGAGCAGUACUGCCUGGCCUGGGAGGCCAAGUACCUGAUGGAGCUCGGCAACGCCCUGGAGACCAUCCUCAGCGGCCUUGCCAACAUGGUGGCCCAGGAGGCCCUGAAGUACACGGUGUUAUCUGGCAUCGUGGCUGCCCUGACCUGGCCCGCCUCACUCCUCAGUGUCGCCAACAUCAUUGACAACCCCUGGGGCGUGUGCCUCCAUCGAUCGGCGGAGGUCGGCAAGCACCUGGCCCACAUUCUGCUCUCCCGGCAGCAGGGCCGGCGGCCUGUCACCCUGAUCGGCUUCAGCCUGGGAGCCAGAGUCAUCUACUUCUGUCUGCAGGAGAUGGCUCAGGAGAAAGAUUGCCAAGGGAUCGUUGAGGACGUCGUCCUGCUGGGUGCACCUGUGGAUGGAGAAGCCAAGCAGUGGGAGCCUUUCCGGAAGGUGGUUUCUGGAAGGAUCGUCAACGGCUACUGCAGGGCGGACUGGCUGCUGAGCUUCGUCUACCGCACGUCCUCCGUGCGGCUCCGCGUGGCCGGCCUGCAGCCUGUGCUACUGCAGGACAGGAGAGUGGAGAAUGUGGACCUGUCCUCGGUGGUCAGUGGCCAUUUGGACUACGCCAGGCAGAUGGACGCCAUCCUGCAGGCCGUGGGCAUCCGCACCAAGCCCAGCUGGGACGAGAAGGGGCUCUUGCUGGCCUCAGGCAGCCUGCCCCCAGAGGAAUCCCGCCAGGCGGCAGCCACCUCUUCAUCAGAUCAGACCACCAAUCAGGAUGGGCAAACCCAGGGUCCCACGUCCAGAGACACCCCCAAAGCAGCCACACCCCCCGACCUCAGCCAGGCCGAAGUGCCAGCAGGACUGGACCGGUCUGAAGGGGCCUCCCUUCCUGCUGCUACCAGCCCUGCUGGGAGCCCCCCUCUCUGCGGCCACAGCCUGGGCGCCAACCCACUGGGCUGCCCUGACUGUGCCAGCGAGACCCAGGGGCCCUGCCCAGGGCUGGUCUGACCCCAGGAGAGUCGCCUUCCCAGACCCCUACAUGGAGCACUCUCUUAUCCUGCUCCACCAGCUGCCCCGCCACGAGCUCUGGAGAUGGACAAUCUCCACCACUGCCUUUGCUAAAUUGAGGACGUUCGUACCGGAAGGAGAGGGGCUUGUAAGGAGACACUGUCCCCUCCCUGAGGAAUGGAGGCCAGAGCUCCGCAGUCAAGCCAGCACAGUACGGAGCCCUGGGGCUGAACCGGCCAGGUGCCUCCUGUGCUUCGGGUCAGCGCUGGGGGUCUGAUUGCCCGUCCGGAGCUCUCUGGAGCACCCUGCCAUGCUCUCCAGCCUCAAGAGCCUGGUGUCCGCCCGCCCCUCCAGCCACUGUCCAGGGCUGAGCUCCUGCCCACAGGCACCACGGAAGCACCUGCCGAGCAGGUCCGGGGGGGAGCGGACAGCUUACCCUCUCUGCCCCGGGGAGAUCCGAUGAGAUGUGCCGCAUGCAGCUAUCCAGGCUGAGCCCUGCUCAGCCACGGGAGCGGCCAUCAGAAACAUGUGACAUGAAGGCCCGCCCCCCUGAAGUUAUGCCACGUGGGGGCCUGAAUAUAAUGGUUCCAGGGCAGGGCGAACAAACGCUGGAUCGGCAGGCGGUGUGGACACAGACUGGGCCUGGGACCCGAAGGAAGUAUUUGGGGGCAGAAUUUCCUAUGGCAGGAACAGAGGUGUGAUGAUCGUAAUAAUAGAUAAUAAUACUCACUACCGUUUA